AUGUUGGAAUGUCUGAGUCGGUCGUCUUCUUGGUGGUGGUCUUGGGACUUGGCACAACAGGGGGCCUGGUGGACCUGUGCCGAGAACUUCGACGCUCCCUUGGUGUUUUACCUGACGGAAGAGCAGCAGACACGCGUGUUCGCGUGCCUAGGGGACGCGUUCCUGCGCCGCACGGAGGAGCACAGCCACACCCUCCUCCAGCUGGAGCCCUGCUUCACAGCCGCGGGCCACACGCGAGUCAGGGUGGUGGGGCCCCCCAGGGCCAGGCAGUGGCUCCUCAACAUGGCGUGGUCUGUGGGGCACCAGGACGCCCCCUUGCAAGCCGAAGGUUCUGUACCCUGA